AUGAACGGCGUUAAUGGCGUGGUCGAGCAGACCAAGAAGCUGCUGAGCGGGGCCUCGAACUCGAAUCAGGGCGAGGGACAGUACGAGAGUCCUGCAAAUGCUCUUACGCUUCUCAAGGGCUACAAAAGCAAGGAUGGUAUCUCUGUGGCUGAACUCAUGGAUGGGACGAAGAAUGGAGGACUUACUUACAACGACUUCCUCCUACUCCCUGGUUACAUCGGAUUUCCUGCGGCUCAGGUUGAUCUGACUUCUAAACUAACCCGUAACAUCACUCUCAAGACGCCUUUCACUUCUUCGCCCAUGGACACUGUCACCGAGGCCAACAUGGCGAUCCACAUGGCACUUCUAGGAGGCGUUGGUGUCAUUCACCACAACUGCUCGAUUGAAGAGCAAGCAGAAAUGAUCCGGAAAGUUAAGCGCUUUGAGAACGGCUUUAUCACCGACCCGAUCGUCAUCUCUCCGAACACCACUGUUGCCGAAGCCAUUGCUUUGAAAGAGAAGUGGGGAUUCGGUGGUUUCCCGGUCACUGAAAACGGCAAGCUCCGCAGCAAGCUCAUCGGAAUGGUCACCCCGCGAGACACUCAGUUUCACUCGAACCUCAGCUCGCCUGUCACCGAGAUCAUGUCGACCGAUCUAGUCACCGGUAGCGAAGGAACCGAUCUUCAAACCGCCAACGAUAUCCUCAGUAAGAGUAAGAAGGGAAAGCUUCCUAUUGUGGAUGGACAGGGAAACCUCGUCAGCCUGCUGAGCCGCAGCGAUUUGAUGAAGAAUCUCAACUACCCUCUGGCCUCGAAGGUUCCGGGCACUAAGCAGCUACUGGCUGCUGCUGCCAUUGGCACUCGCGAGAACGACAAGGAGCGUCUUGCGGCUCUCGUCGAAGCCGGCCUUGACGUCGUCAUCCUCGACUCGAGCCAGGGCAACUCGAUGUACCAGUUGGACAUGAUCCGAUGGAUCAAGCAGCAAUUCCCGUCUGUGGAUGUCAUAGGUGGCAACGUGGUCACCCGUGACCAAGCAGCUGCUCUAAUCGCUGCGGGGGUGGACGGUCUGCGAAUUGGAAUGGGUGCUGGUUCAGCUUGUAUCACCCAGGAGGUCAUGGCUGUCGGCAGACCUCAAGCCACCUCCGUAUAUCACGUCACGGAGUUUGCGGCCAAGUUCGGAAUCCCUUGUAUCGCCGACGGUGGUAUUCAGAAUGUCGGCCACAUCGUCAAGGCAGUCGCACUCGGUGCCAGCACCAUCAUGAUGGGCGGAUUGCUCGCCGCGACCACCGAGUCACCUGGUGCGUACGUCGUCGGUCCUGACGGUCAGCUUCGCAAGACCUACCGCGGCAUGGGUUCCAUCGAUGCGAUGGAGGACAAGAAGGCCGGUGGCGCAGGCGACAAGGCCAACAACACUGCAAAGAACGCCGGUACCGCGCGAUACUUCUCCGAAGGUGACCGUCUGCUUGUUGCGCAGGGCGUCAGCGGAUCCGUACUGGACCGUGGCAGUGUGACCAAAUUCCUGCCCUACCUCAUGGCUGGCGUGCAGCACUCCCUACAGGACAUUGGCAUCCAGAGCGUGUCGGACCUUCAGCAGGGCGUUCGCAACGGUGAUGUGCGAUUUGAGAUCCGCACUGCCAGUGCCCAGGCUGAGGGCAACGUGCAUGGCAUGGUCGGUGUCGAGAAGAAGCUUUACAGCUAG